AACAUGGAGAAGCAGUUGCAUUUAAACUUGUUAGCUUCCAGACCUCCGAUGCCAGGGAGCUUUCAGUCCGGCUCCAAAAUGAAGAUGGGGCCUGGACGCAAAAGAGAUUUCAGCCCGCUGACAUGGAGCCAGUAUUUUGAAACCAUGGAAGAUGUUGAAGUAGAGAAUGAAAAUGGCAAAGACGUUUUCAGGAUUUACUGCAGCGGUGCUCAUGGUCCUGUGCUUCUGUUGCUGCAUGGAGGAGGACACUCAGCUCUCUCCUGGGCUGUUUUCACUGCUGUCAUAUACAGCAGGAUCAACUGCAGGGUGGUGGCUAUGGACCUUCGAGCUCAUGGUGACUCCAAAGUGAAAAAUUCAAAUGAUCUGUCUGCAGACACAAUGGCCAAGGACAUUGGAAAAGUGGUGGAGGCUCUUUAUGGCGACAACCCGCCGCCAAUUAUGAUUAUCGGGCACAGCAUGGGUGGGGCCAUAGCGGUUCACACGGCAGCUGCCAAUCACAUACCAUCGCUGCUGGGCCUGUGUGUCAUCGAUGUUGUUGAGGGCACAGCAAUGGAUGCUCUGAACAGCAUGCAGAAUUUCCUCAGGAGUAGGCCAAAGAUGUUUAAAUCUCUGGAAAAUGCCAUCGAGUGGAGUGUGAAGAGUGGCCAGAUCAGAAACAUAGAAUCAGCACGAGUGUCAAUGGGAGGCCAAGUUAAAAAAUGUGAGGAGUCCAGCAGCAGCCCAGGCGUCUCCAACAGCAUAGGUGAAGGAAUAAUAGAAGAAGAAGAGGAUGAAGAAGGGGAAGAGGAGUCGAACAAGAAGAGAAUGAAGGAAGACGACCAAGAGACAAAAAAAGAAAGCAUCUUCACGUGGCGGGUUGAUUUAGCAAAGACAGAAAAGUACUGGGAAGGUUGGUUUAAAGGCUUAUCUGCGCUCUUCCUCACCUGCCCUGUGCCAAAGCUGCUUCUGCUGGCAGGUGUGGACCGGCUUGAUAAAGACCUUACUAUUGGACAGAUGCAAGGGAAGUUUCAGAUGCAGGUCCUCCCUCAGUGUGGUCAUGCUGUCCAUGAGGAUGCGCCUGAAAAAGUAGCAGAUGCCCUAGCUGCGUUUAUGGUCCGACACAAAUUUACUGAGUUUAAAGAAGGAUUCAUGUGCUAAUUUAAUAAGUCGCCCUAGAAGAAAUCAACGUCAUGGAACACAGCAGCAGAUUACACAGAAUAUAUUUCCACUAGAUAAUAAAAAUCAUCAUAUGUUAUUAUUUACGCUCGUUAUGUAGAUACUUUGCCUUCCAGCUUUGCCUUAUUUAAUUGUAAAACACUAGAUUGUUUGUAUUCUUUUCUUUACAGUCUGUUUUUUUAUGUAAAGCUAUCCUUAUUUUAUGUUGUAUUUUGGGUGAUACAUCACGGUGACAACAUGUCACAUUUGAAUUCAGUUCAGUGAUGAUUAAAAAUGGACUGGAAACAUGUCACCCAUGCUUUUUGUAUUUUUAAAUCUUCUAUUGCAUUGUGUUGCAAGAUCAACAUAGCUCACGGUUUACUUGUCAAGAUUUAUUUAUUAUAAUUUGGAAUAAUUAAAGGACACCACAACAAAUGUACUCCAAUGUAGUAUUUUUUUCUGCUUAGGUGAAUUUUUUUUGUUUAUUGUGCACUGUAAUACAUAGAGUUGUAUUUGUUCAUAUAGAGAACAUGUACAUUUGAUUUAUGUGUUUAAUAUCAUGUGGCACAAUGGCAGAUACACAAAAAAACUAUAUAGUGAAACUGUUUCUUCCAUGUAUUUCCUGGAAUAAAA